AUGAGCUUCAUUCAACAGCGAGUUAUGGAAGAACAUGCAAAAGCACUCAGACGAGCUGCAAUGUUCGGCGUCGGACUUUGUGCUUUUGCUGCAAUCUCAAGUGCCCUGGUCAUUCCAACGCUUUACAGCUAUUUGCAAUAUAUCCAUAGUCACGUCCAGGACGAGGCGGCCUACUGUAAACAACGAAUUGAUAGUCUUCAUGAAUUGUACGAGAUGCUCGAUAUACAUCCUCGGCAUAGUUUGAGAAGAAGGAGUAUCGCUGAAAAAUACUCUUCCCAUGUAUACUGCCCAUGUAAUAGUGGACGUGCAGGCCCACCUGGGCCACCAGGAGAACCUGGAAAAGACGGGAAAGAUGGCGAGCCAGGCCCACCAGGCAAGGAUGGUUUCGAUCCCCCUGAGGAUGGUCGUUUUGAUUACUGUAUGGAAUGUCCACCGGGACCUCGAGGACCACCAGGAGAUGUCGGCCCCAAGGGUCCACGAGGGCCUCCGGGUCCUGAUGGGAUGCCUGGAUUACAUGGACGUCCUGGACAACCAGGCAGUCCUGGACCACAGGGUAGACCAGGAAUGGAUGGAGAACCAGGAGCGCCUGGAGAACCUGGGAGACCUGGAGAGUAUUUGGAUGUUCAUGUACCUAUGGGCCUUGCUGGACCUCGUGGCGUACCGGGACCUGAUGGGCUUCCAGGUCCCCCUGGAAGACCAGGCCAACCUGGUCUUCCUGGUCCACCCGGUCCGCCAGGAGACAAAGGUCUCCACGGAUUGCCCGGAAAUGACGGCCAGCAGGGCUUGCCUGGCCCAAGAGGAGCACGGGGCCCUAAAGGCAGCUGUCAUCACUGUCAUAUCAUGAAAUCUCCGAUAGAUUUUGGAAGAAAUUAA